GUUUGCCUGCUUUGCCCCUCCAGCCUCUCCCAACCAGCUUUGCUGGUGCCCCCUUGGCCUCAGCCCACUAUGAACAGUGAUUUGUAGUGGGGCUGCCUAGCAAGUUCAGGCUGCUUUAGAUGAUCAAUUGCUUUUUGAUAUGCACUUGUGAGGCCACUGAGGUCACAUAAAUGAGAACCUGCAUGUUUUCCAGUUGGGAUUGCGUGAGGCCCUCCUACACACCUCACAGGGAGGAGCUGCAGUGUGGGGUUUGGAAAUGGACACCUCUAGAGUGUGGAGUCAGGAAGCAGCAGGAUCCUUUCCCUCUUGGUGUUUAGCCCUCAUUAGAACAUAGAUGGUUUCCAGAAUCAUUGGUACAGAGCCUUUCUGGACAUGAAUGCCUCCCGGAGGUUUGAGCUCGACUACAGCCAGGACCGCUUCCUCAAGGAUGGCCGGCCAUUUCGCUACAUCUCAGGAAGCAUCCACUACUUCCGGGUGCCCCGCUUCUACUGGGUGGACCGGCUGCUGAAGAUGAAGAUGGCUGGGUUGAAUGCCAUCCAGACGUAUGUGGCCUGGAACUUUCAUGAGCCCCAGCCAGGACACUACGAGUUUUCUGGAGAUCAUGAUGUGGAAUAUUUUAUCCAGUUGGCUCACAACCUGGGAUUGCUGGUCAUCCUGAGGCCUGGGCCCUACAUCUGUGCUGAGUGGGACAUGGGAGGAUUACCUGCUUGGCUAUUAGAGAAAAAAUCUAUUGUUCUCCGUUCUUCUGACCCAGAUUACCUUGGAGCUGUGGAUAAGUGGUUGGGAGUCCUUCUGCCUAAGAUGAAACCUCUUCUCUAUCAGAAUGGAGGGCCAAUUAUAACAGUGCAGGUUGAAAAUGAAUAUGGCUCCUACUUUACCUGUGAUUAUGACUACUUGCGUUUCCUGGAAAAGCGUUUCCGCUACCAUCUGGGUAAUGACGUGCUUCUGUUCACCACUGAUGGAGCGCAUGAGAAAUACCUGAAGUGUGGGACCCUACAGGGUCUCUAUGCCACAGUGGACUUUGGAGCAGGCCAGAACAUCACAGAUGCUUUCCUAAUCCAGAGGCAUUUUGAACCCAAAGGACCCUUGAUCAAUUCUGAAUUUUAUACUGGCUGGUUAGACCACUGGGGCCAACCUCAUAACACAGUCAAGACCGAAGAAGUGGCUUCGUCUCUCUAUGAUAUACUUGCCCGUGGGGCAAGUGUGAACUUGUACAUGUUUAUAGGUGGGACCAAUUUUGCCUAUUGGAAUGGGGCCAACACACCCUAUGCAGCACAGCCCACCAGCUACGACUAUGAUGCCCCAUUGAGUGAAGCUGGGGACCUCACUGAGAAAUAUUUUGCUGUGCGCAAGGUUAUCCAGAAGUUUGAAGUGGUCCCAGAAGGUCCUAUCCCUCCAUCCACACCAAAGUUUGCCUAUGGGAAGAUCGUUCUGGAGAAGUUAAAGACAGUGGCAGCUGCUUUGGAUGUCCUGUGUCCUAAUGGGCCCAUAGAAAGCCUUUAUCCCUUGACAUUUAUCCAGGUGAAACAGCAUUUUGGAUUUGUGCUGUACCGAACAACACUUCCUCAAGAUUGCAGAAACCUGACAGCCCUCUCUUCACCCUUCAAUGGGGUUCACGAUCGGGCCUAUGUCGCCGUGGAUGGGGUCCCCCAGGGCAUCCUCGAGCGAAACAACGUGAUCACUCUGAACAUAACGGGGAAAGCAGGAGCCACUGUGGACAUUCUGGUGGAGAACAUGGGGCGUGUGAACUAUGGCACAUUUAUCAAUGAUUUUAAGGGUUUGGUCUCUAACCUGACCCUUGGCUCCAAUAUCCUCACGAACUGGACAAUCUUCCCCCUGAACACUGAGGAUGCAGUACGCAGCCACUUGGGGGCUUGGAGAGAUCAUGGUGCUGACCACCAUGGUGAAGACUCUGCUACCUGCACAUCUUACUACACACUCCCAGCCUUUUAUGUGGGCAACUUCUCCAUCCCCCAGGGGAUCCCAGAUUUGCCCCAGGACACCUUCAUCCAGUUUCCUACAUUCACCAAGGGCCAAGUGUGGAUUAAUGGCUUUAACCUUGGCCGCUAUUGGCCAGCACGGGGUCCCCAGAAGACCUUGUUUGUGCCACAGCACAUCCUGACGACCUCAGCUCCAAACAACAUCACAGUGCUGGAACUGGAGCAGGCACAGUGUGGUGACCAGGGCCAGGAACGAUGCAUUGUGGAGCUGGUGGACAAGCCAGAAAUCGGCGCAGCUGGGUCUAGCCACCAUCACCCCCUAGGCCUGUUCAAUCAGAACACAUGGCUGAACCGCAUGUGACAGCUGAGACUCUUGGUCCCCCUUGUCGGGCCAACACUUUCUGGAGAGGUAGAUAGUCUGGAAAAUCAGUUUAGGGUGUGCAUUUUCAUCAGAGGUUUUCUGCAGGCCUACCGUGCCUGACUCCUCAACCCCGGGUCGCCCUGGGUAUGUGAGGGAGGCGACAGCACAGCAGGGAUGACAGACCUGCAGAGUUGGGGUGGAAGCUGGAAAAGGGUCCUUGACUUUCAUCUAGGAAGAAUCGUGUUAUCUUUGCUAAAUAAAAACUGUG